AAGGAGAAGAACUUCUUCUUCAACCUCAGAAAACCCUAAUUUCUCCAUUUCGAAACUCCAACGAAUUCUCUGGUGAUUUUACCAAUGGCGAUGGCAACAUCGAUGAGUUUGAAUCUAAUUGGGGCAUUCAAAGGCUUGUCUCUUUCUUCGACUUCGUCUUUUCUUAGAGGCGAUUUGAGUUUUUCCCCCAAAACCUCUUUCACGGUGACUCUUCCUCUGGAAAAUCUUCAAGCUCCGAUUCCGUUGACAAUUGAAUCGGCCCAUAAGAAAGGAGCUGGUAGCACCAAGAACGGUCGUGAUUCUCCUGGGCAACGACUCGGCGUCAAGAUCUACGGUGACCAAGUUGCUAAACCUGGUGCUAUCAUUGUUCGUCAACGUGGCACUAAGUUCCAUGCUGGGAAAAAUGUUGGGAUUGGUAAAGAUCAUACCAUCUUCUCUUUAAUCGAUGGAUUAGUCAAGUUCGAGAAGUUUGGUCCUGACAGGAAGAAGAUAAGUGUGUAUCCAAGAGAAAUUGUACCAGAGAAUCCCAAUAGCUACAGAGCAAGAAAGAGAGAAAACUUCAGAUUGCAAAGGGAGAAGAAGAAGGCGAGACGCGAGAAUUACUCGUACACACUUCCUACACCAGAACUUGUUCUUGCAUCUGCCUCAGUCGAUGAUGCUGAAGCCAAUCCGGAGUGCUAGAAGAUUGAAUGUGGAGUUUCCUUGUCUCUUUUUGUUUAGUCUUGUUUAUGAAAAAUGAUCCUUUCAGAGUAUUAAGAGUUGGUUGUAUUGUCGAAUCCAAGCCUCUCUUUUGUCAAAUUGAGUCCCAAGCAGGCGGAUUUUUACCCAACUUGAGUUAUUAGUGUAAUCAAAUGGUUAUUGUUAAUUAGUCAAAGCCUCAAAGGUUUUAAUUUAGUGAAUUUCUCUUCCAACUUAGUAAUUCUGAAUCAUUGAUAAGAGAGACCACCAAA